UGUAGAUCAGCAGGCGUGCGUUUGGUUUGUUUUGAUUUGAUUCCAAUGUUGCUCCGGAGAUGUGUUCUGUUUCCGUUUCCCGCCGUGCGAUUUGUGCGACGGAGUCUCCACCGUCAGCAUGACCACAUUGUACUCCAUCCUGAGAUCAGGAAAGCGUUGCAGCUUCAAAAGCCGGUCGUUGCCCUAGAGUCCACGAUCAUUACGCAUGGAAUGCCUAUGCCGGAAAACGUACUUACUGCGUUGGCGGUAGAGGAGCAAGUUCGGCUAAACGGAGCCAUUCCCGCCACCAUUGGCAUUCUUGACGGACGAAUCAAGGUCGGUCUAACCCGAGAGGAGCUUACCACGCUGGCCAAGAAGCCCAGGGAGCAGGUGAUCAAGUGCUCCAGGAGAGACCUACCCUUCGUGGUAUCCAGAAGACAGAGUGGUGGAACCACUGUUGCCGCCACAAUGAUCAUUGCCCAUCGAGUGGGAAUAAAGGUCUUUGCCACAGGGGGAAUUGGCGGUGUUCAUCGCAAUGGCCACGAGUCCUUAGAUGUUUCCGCAGAUCUCACCGAGCUGGGUCGCACUCCGGUGGCAGUCGUGUGCAGCGGCGUCAAAUCCAUUUUAGACAUUCCUCGCACACUGGAAUACUUAGAGACCCAAGGUGUGUGUGUGGCCAGUUUCGAAAGUCCUGGUGGUGUCUUUCCAGAUUUCUACACACGGGAUAGCGGCUGCACAGUUCCCUACAACCUCAACAGCGUUCAGGAGGCGGCAGAGCUAUUGCGAUACUGGCGGGAGCUAAGACUAAAGUCCGGGCUGCUUAUUGGUGUCCCCAUUCCGGAGGAGUUUGCUGCAGAUAAAUUAAAAAUUGAAGAGGCUAUUAAGGAAGCAACGGCCCAGGCUAAAACUCAGGGAAUUUCCGGAAAGGAGGUGACUCCAUUCUUACUCGCCGCCAUAGCCAAGAUCACUGAGGGCAGGAGUCUUCAGUCCAAUAUAGCUCUGAUAAAAAAUAAUGCGAAAGUGGCUGCUCAAAUAGCCGCUUCUCUUAGCGAUGUGUCCACAGAAAUCGAAAACACAGGCAAAAGAACCUUGAACAGAAAACCUCUGGUUGUGGGAGCCUCCAUCCUGGAUCUCUCUUUUAAAAUAGACGACCAGAAUCGGGAAGUGAAGCUGGAUGGAUCCACAUAUUCCUCAGUAGCAAAACAGGCUGCUGGUGGAGUAGGUCGGAACAUAGCGGAGGGCAUUUACAAGCUAUACGGGGAUGUUAAUUUUAUAUCCGCCGUGGGUAACGAUCAGAUGGGACAAACACUGCUUCAGAUGAUGCCAAAGGCGCUGCAUCGGGGUAUGAUCCUUGAAGACAGCCAUAACACCUCACUGUGCUCCGUCAUUUUCGAUAAAUUUGGAGAUUGCAAGCUAAUCUUGGGAAACAUGGAAAUUCACCAAAGCAUUACACCCGAAACCCUCCAAGCGCAUCAUAAACUCUUCCGUGAGGCUCCUAUUAUCAUAAUGGACAGCAACAUUUCGGAGCAAGCCAUGGCCAGCAUCCUGCAUCAGGCACAAAAGAACAAGAUUCCCGUUUUUUUUGAACCGACGGAUAUGUUUAUUGCGGGAAAACCGUUUAAACUGCUGCCAGAGCUGACAAAGAACAUACGCCUGAUAAAACCGAAUUUCCAAGAGUUAAAGACCAUCACGGAGGCCAUCACAGGUGAAACUGUGCAACUUAAUCUAGAUAACAAACUCCCACAACCGGAACUUCUUCAUCAAGCGAAAUCCAUGAUCAAAAAAAUUGACUGUCACUUCAAUUGCAUCAUAGCCACCCUAGGUAGCCACGGUGUCCUUUUCAGCUAUAGACAGGAUGCAGACAAUGAUUCUAGGAUGCUUUUGGACGUAAGCAAAUUCGCACCGCCCCACCGUAUUCGUUUCUUUGCCGCUCCUACAGUUCACAAUAUUGUCAAUGUCUCGGGAGCGGGUGACAGUUUCUGUGCUGGGUUUAUCACUGCCCUGCUGCAAGGGCGAGUCCUAGACGAAUGCGUAGCCGGCGGUUUCGUUGCUGCUGAAAGAGCUCUCCAAUCAGAGUCUGCGGUGCCCAAAACCUACUUCUCAAUACAGGAAACCUUUGAGAGUCGUUACAAGCAAACUGUGAAAAUCAUCCAACAGCAAAGCAUUUAGAUGGUAUUUAGUGACCGAAAAGAACAAUGGCAUUUAAACAGGACUUUUUCUUUAUUCCUAUGUGUUUUCUUAAAGUGUACAAGAUAAAAAUGUGUUUAGUAAGCCCAUCUGAAAGAUGCAAUUAAACCAAUUGAUAUUGUUAACUUA